UUAACCGUUGUCUCCCCUCCCCGCCACCUUCCUUGUUAAGCAACGAAAAGGGCGUUGGGUCGGCCCUCCAUUCCCUUCCUCCAACGAUGACGCAUCGAUUCCACGCUGUUCCCAGCCCUCCCCUCGCCGGCUGCUUCGAUCUCGACUCCUUCUCCCCCUAUUUAGAACAUCCGCCCUCCACAUUUACUCCCACUCCACGCCUCCUGCCUCCUGCCUCCGCUCCCGCUCCCGCUCCCCCCGAUAACGCCUCCCUCGGAAAACAUGGAGCAAAAUCUGGUGCUGUCGGAGCAGGAACCUUCUUAUCAUGAUUUUAAUUCCACUUCGACUUUUUUGCUACGCUGCUCUAUUGAUUCUAAAGGCACACAAACUGAGUUUGAGUGGACAGAUUACAGUACUGCUGUUUUCAGGAAACUUCAAGAGUUUGAUGAUAUUGAUAUUAAUGGAUACAUCGAUGUGAUACGUGGUCAUGAAACCUUAAGGCACCUUUCAAACAAAAAAAAGGUUUCUUCUCUCCAUUUAUCCAGUGAUAAUAGGUUUGCCUUAAAGAUCAUAAGCAAAUCUCACAUGAAGGCCCUUUUAGAACUACUGCCAAAAUAUUAUCACCAUGUGAAGAAGUACAAUAACACUUUACUUGCAAAAUUCUAUGGGCUUCAUGUUGUUCAGCCACAAGGUGGAAAAAAGGUUCGCUUUGUGGUAAUUGGAAAUAUUCUCCAGUCAGAUUUAAAGAUUCACAAGCAUUUUGUUCUCAGAGAUUCACCGAAUAGCCACCAUGUGCACAAAACGGGAGAUGAGGAAGAUCUUAAUAUGACUUUUCAUUUACAUACAUCUCUUCGGCAUAAACUUCUGACGCAAUUAAAGCAUGACUGCAAUUUUUUGGAAGAAGCGGGCAUCAUGCACUACUCUCUCCUUCUCGGAAUGCAUAUUUGUUCUGCACCUUUUGAGGCUAUUCUUCAGGUUCACCACUCUUCGGCAAAUUCAGCAGGCACAGAUGAUUGCGACAAGAGUUCAGAUGGAGCUGAAUCAGAGCACAGCCAUGCAGAUCAAAGUUUUCCAUCAGAUGGCGACGACUCAUCCUCAUCCUCUCCUACAGAAACUGAAGGUACACUUGGUGUCAGGAUGGCAGCCCGGGCGGUUGGCUCUCGGAAAAAGGAAAGCAAUUUGGCACCAACAACUCAUGCCACGGGAAAAAGUCAACUCAACAAUGUGUUCCUCUUCUUGGGGGUAAUCGACAUCCUUCAACCUUACAGCAUGCUUAAGCACAUGGAACACGUUAUAAAGUCUCUGCACGCAGACUCUCCGUCGGUCUCGGGAUUAAAUCCCAGAGCGUACUCGAACCAUUUUCAGGAGUAUCUCUCGAAAAUAUUUCCAGAAAAUUUUGAAGUCUCUGAUGCCAACAUGCUUUAGAACUAUUUGAGGCUCACCUGCAAUGGAACAGCUUUUACUUUUGACUACAAAAGCUGUCAUCAGACGUGGAAACACUUUACUUACUGUAAGAAACUAUUUAUGCACAUGUAAACUAUUUAUGAACAUAUGGAACAGUUAGCAAAGCUCUGCAGUGCAAUAGGUUUGCAUGAGU